CUUCCACCUCCCAGUCUGGCGGCCUCUCAGCAGCAGCCAUUGCUGGUAUUGCCGUGUCUGCUGUGGCCUCCCUGCUGCUGCUGAUUGGCGUGCUUCUAUGCUGGAGGGGCUACACGAAAGAGGCAGCACGAGGAGCAGCUGCAGUACACAACGACGGGAUCGAAGUGCAAAUGAAACCUGAAGGUCUGGCGGGCAGCGUGGCGGCGUGGCACUGCACGGAGUACUCCCUGGAGGAAGUGCUCACAGCCACCAGCAACUGGGCGAGUGACAACCAGCUGAGGUCGGGCUCAUUUGGUGACGUGUACAAGGGCGUGUCUCCGCGCGAUGGCACCACACUGUGGGCCGUCAAGCGAGCAAAACUGCUCGAUGCUGACUUCCAGCGGGAGGUCCGACACAUGGCCGACAAGAACCAUCCCGACGUUGUGCGGCUACUUGGGUUUGCCAUUGGCGGGGGCAUAAAGACACAGCCAGAGCAUGUCUUGAUCUAUGAGUUUGUUUCAAAUGGUAGUCUUGACAAGUGGAUCAAAACAG